AUGGAACUCUGUUACGUCAGCUUCUAUCUCUCAAAGGGAAAAGUCAGAGGAUUUACGUACAAGAGCUGUGUAACUCUAGACAAAUCCAAUAAACGUUUUCAUAACUGCUAUCAAGUAAGAGAAGGGUCAGAGACAGCAGAACUGAGAGAGCAACCUUAUGAAAAUGUUGGAGAUAUUUUUUUCAAGCAAACUACCACUAAAGAUAUUCUCACUGAGCUGUAUAAACUAACUGCUGAAAAAGAGAGGCUGUUAGCUAACCUACUCAGUUCACACAACAUUCUGGGUAUUAAAAUGGGAAAUCAGGAGGGGAAGCUACAGGAUGCCUCUGGAGGACUGAAAUUUAAAGAUGAUGAUCUCUUAAGCUUCAAGGAUCAGCAGGAAACCUUUUUGGGAUCCACAGAUCAGAAACCCAGCUUGAGAAACAAAAAGAUGAAGAAAACUGGCAGAAGGAGAGAGAGCUUGGAGGAGUUCAUAAACAAGAAAGUGAAAAAGAAGGUUCACGGCGAUUUGGAACCUUCUGUGUUAAACAGGACAGAUAUGCAACUGGGAAAUAAAAGGACAUUUCCCACUAAAUUUUCUGCUGGCAGCUCUCCUGGUUCCUUUUCCAAUUCUAAUUGGCAGACAGUAGAAGACCAGGAUGAUUUACCAUUUGACAUGAAUAUACCAUCAGAAAGAUGGAGAAAAGAUGGGUAUUUUCUUGAGUGCAGUGGGACUUUGAAAUCAGAAACAGACCUGUCUGAUUCUCUAUCUGAAUAUGACAAUGAUGUGUAUGGAAGCUGUAUUACACAUCCCAGUGCUGGUCUGUUGGGUGAUGCAGAGGGUACUCUUAAAGUAAUGAAGGUGCAACACAGCAGCCCUUUGUUGAACUCUUUCCAAGACAGUUUAUCUAACAGAUUUGAGGCCUUAAACAAGACUGCAACAGCUGAAAGCCUGCAUGGUUAUGAGUAUACUGAGCAGACCUGCAGUAAGAAACCUACAGCCAGAGUUGUUGCUAAAGUACAGGAUUUGAGAGCAUGUAUGCAGAAAGUUAUAAAAACCCAUACAGAGUCUGAUGAUAACCUUUCUUACACUGAUACUCAAGAAGAUAAGGAAACUGUUACACCUGUUCUCUCUGAAGUGUGCAGGGAAUUUAUAACAAAAGCUGAGGUAUUUAGUAUAGGUGAAUCUGCUGUUGACUCUAAGUACACUGUGAUGCAGGAAAAGGAGCGCAAUGGCUGUGUUUUGCAGUGCAAAGAAGAGAGACUGCAGAUUACUGAUGAGUCAUGCAACCUUGUGGGAGCAGUCAAUAAAACCCUUCUGAAAAUUAUCCAGAACGACAGUUUAGAUGAAGCUGCAGAAUGGAAGAGACUACAACAAAUUACAAGAGCAGACAAAAACCUACCAGGCUCAAUGUAUGACAAAAGAGCUACCUUACCCCAGGAGAGCAACAAAGGUUUGUUUUUAAAUCUGCCAAUACAUUUAAGAACUGAUAUUUCUCAGACAAGCACUAACAUUAAACCAGAAGAGAAAAGGCCACUAUCACCCUCUUUAGUUGCUGUCUGUAAUGUUUUUAAUAAUUCAUAUUCAGGAUCCAAUGCACACAAACAAAUGUCACCUAUUCCUUCUCCUUUAUCUUCGAGAUUGCCUAGUCCACAGCUGCACCAUAGGAUUCUUCCACUACCUACACAGAACACUGAGGAAGAAUUUGUGUUGAAUGACUAUUGCAGUGGGAGACACGAUGCCACAAACCUCUCCUUUGCUAAUGAUUUGGAAUCACAGUUCUAUCUGAAGUUUCCUGAAUCUGGAGAAUUGGGAUUUUCUAUAAGACAACCAGGCCUACAUCAGCACACAACUGGAGAGCGUUUGGAAAAAUGCACUAUCCAAGAAAAACUAACUACUCAGACACAGCAGCAGCUAUGUCCAGAAAUGAAAAAUGCCUUAUUAUCGGUGGAUGCCUUAUUAUCGGGGAGGUCUUAUUAUCGGGGGGAUGCCUUAUAUUACAACGAGAGGCAAAACUGUAAGUAGGCCUUAUUUUCGGAGGAUGUCUUA